UGUGGGAGCGGCUGCCGCCCACCUCGGGGAAAAGGGGGUGGGAAAGAGGGGGAGCCGUGCGCCUCCCCCACGCCAGGUCCCUGGGGAGUGAGGCUGCAGCUGGGGGUUCUGCCGCUUGGGUCUGGCUUGGAAGCGCCUGGGGCAAGGAAAGUUUUCGGCUUCUUCUCUUUCCCCGCUUUUUCCUUUCCUUCUUUUUACCUUCUCUGGUGGCACGAUGACGGCGUCCCCCGACUACCUGGUGAUUCUCUUCGUGACCACGGCGGGCACCAACGGGGCAAGGUUGGGCUCAGACGAGCGAGAGCUGCUCCAGCUCCUGUGGAAAGUGGUCGACCUGAGGAGUAAGGAGCUGGGGCACCUGCAUGACGUGCUGGUCCGGCCUGACCACACAGAACUGACGGCUGAGUGCCAGGAGAUCACCCAAGUGGAUGUGGAGAGCCUGGCACUGGCUCCACCGCUGGAGCAGGCAUUGAGACAGUUUAAUCAGUCCGUGAGCAAUGAACUGAACAUUGGUGUAGGUACUUCUUUCUGUUUCUGUACUGAUGGACAGUUGCACAUUAGGCAGGUUCUACACCCUGAAGCUUCCAAAAAGAAUAUUUUACUGCCUGAAUGCUUCUACUCCUUUUUUGACUUACGGAAAGAGUUCAAGAAGUGUUGCCCUGGCUCACCAGAAGUUAGCAAACUCGAUGUUGCAGCCAUGACAGAAUAUUUAAAUCUUGACAAGAACAGUCCAGCACUUCCCUAUGGAGCUUCUCAAGUUGAAGAUAUGGGGAAUAUAAUUUUAAAAUUAAUAUCUGAACCAUACAAUCACCGAUUUUCAGAUCCAGAAAGGGUGAACUACAAAUUUGAAAGUGGGCCUUGCAGCAAGAUGGAACUUGUGGAUGACAAUGCUGUUAUCCGAGCAAGAGGAUUGCCAUGGCAGUCAUCUGACCAGGACAUAGCGAGAUUCUUCAAAGGUCUAAACAUUGCCAAAGGAGGUGCUGCACUCUGUCUCAAUGCCCAAGGUAGGAGGAAUGGGGAGGCUCUUGUGAGAUUCGUAAGCGAAGAGCAUAGAGAUCUAGCACUACAAAGGCACAAGCACCACAUGGGGAACAGAUACAUAGAGGUUUACAAGGCAACAGGUGAAGACUUCCUUAAAAUUGCAGGAGGUACUUCCAAUGAGGUUGCACAGUUCUUGUCAAAAGAAAACCAAGUGAUUGUCAGGAUGCGAGGUCUUCCUUUCAAUGUAACAACAGAAGAAGUGCUGACCUUCUUUGGCCAGCACUGCCCUGUAACAGGCGGAAAGGAGGGAGUCCUGUUUGUCACCUACCCUGACAGCAGGCCAACAGGGGAUGCCUUUGUCUUGUUUGCUUGUGAGGAAUAUGCACAAAAUGCACUGAAAAAGCACAAGGAUUUGCUGGGGAAAAGGUACAUUGAACUCUUCCGGAGCACUGCAGCAGAAGUUCAGCAGGUGCUGAACAGGUACUCUUCCACACCUCUCAUUCCUCUCCCAACACCUCCAAUUCUUCCAGUAUUACCUCAACAAUUUGUGCCUCCCACUAACAUCAGAGACUGCAUACGUUUGCGUGGUCUUCCCUAUGCUGCUACUAUAGAGGACAUUCUGGAGUUCCUGGGAGAGUUUUCUACAGAUAUUCGGACCCAUGGAGUUCACAUGGUACUAAAUCACCAGGGACGUCCAUCGGGAGAUGCUUUCAUUCAGAUGAAAUCUGCUGAUCGAGCUUUCCUGGCUGCACAGAAGUGUCAUAAGAAGACUAUGAAGGACAGAUAUGUUGAAGUCUUUCAAUGUUCUGCUGAAGAGAUGAACUUUGUAUUAAUGGGGGGCACUUUAAAUCGAAAUGGCUUGUCCCCGCCACCAUGCCUUUCACCCCCUGCCUACUCCUUUCCGGCUCCUGCUGCAGUUGUGCCAACAGAAGCUGCUCUCUAUCAGCCAUCCAUGCUUCUGAACCCACGAGCACUCCAGCCCUCCACAGCCUACUACCCUGCUGGGGCUCAGCUCUUCAUGAACUACACAGCAUAUUACCCCAGUAUGCAGCAGAGGAUGGACUUGUACUCACAAAUGAUGCGGCCAGGACAGUGUCCAAAGAAUGGAUUUGCAUUUAAAGGCCCCAGCAGUUAGACUUCCUUAGUGAAGGUAAGGCUAAAUCCCAGGAGAUAGGGUUUGUGGGUAUCAUAGUGUUUUAUUCAGAUAACCACCAUACUCAAUGUUAUUUCUCAUUUGUUGCCCUGAGAAGGGAGCUACACUUUGCUGUGUCCAGAAUGUCACACUGCAAUAUGUAAAACCCUAUGGAAGCCAUAAUUUAAAGGAUUUUAACUACUCCACUCAUCUUAAGGGCUGCUGCUUUACAUGUUUCCCAGGGCUUUGAAUGCAUGCUACUUCAAGCUUUAAUAGCAGUACUGAGAGCCUGCAGAAAGCUUCUCAGAGCCAGUUUUCUCUGUGGAGCAAAGUGUGGAGAUGAUAUUACUCUCCUAGCAGUGCACUAAAAUGAGGUGUUGGUUAGACAGAAUAAGCCACUUUCUUAGGUAACUACAGAAUCCAAUGUCUAAGCUUCACACUGAUGUAAAAUUGCAGCAAUGAAGUAGUUUGUAUAAUAGCAGCUACUCUCUUGCUUUUGUGAGCUUUCUGAUCAGGCCACUUCAGCCUUUCAGGUUUGGUUUACUUGAUCUUCUGUAUAGGAACAGUCAAAGGGUGAAGUCACCCAGAAAGCAUUUGUGCAGAAAAAUGCAACUUGAACUGCUAAGCAGUGUAUUGAUGGACCAUGAAACUUAUCAUGUUGUAGUCUCAGAGGAAGAUAUAGAAAUGUAUUUGCAAAAAAAUGCUUCUGUCAUCUCUACUCUUUGAAAAAAAUACAUAGUCAAAGAAGUGAUUAGAUUUUUUUUAAUGCCCCUUUCUUUCCUCUAUUCCUUUUUUCAGCUUUCCCUCUGAAAAACAGCAACAAAACUGUUUUUUCUAAUUCUUCUGCUUUUGACACAGACAACUUAACUCAGGGUGCAAUCUACUUUGGGUCAAAACCUUUACCUGCAGCAUAACCUCACUGCCAUCUGCUCCAAGUGUGCUACUUUUGCAUGUGUAGUGACCAUCUCAGCUUGUUGUCUAACCAGCUGGCCUUUGGCUGGAUUGAUGAAGCUAAAUCCUGACCCUGCACUGACAGUCAGAGCCAUAAUUAGCUGCUUAGUGGACUCCUGGCCUAAACUAUGCUACAUCAGUUCCCAUCCAUUUAUUGUGGUGCCAUCCAGUGACUAGACCAGAAAGCUUCCUGAUCCAGCUGGAAAAACUCAUGGGGUUUGUCUUUGUUUUUAGCCAGUUUACAGCUUAGCAGCACUAGCUGCCUGUGUUGGCCCAGAGACAGGAAAGUAGAAGUGGCUGAGGCAGGCACUGAGACAUAGGAAUGGCAUUGCCAUGUUGGACUUAAUUUUAAAGCUUCAACUCCAAAGGUAAAAGGUCAUGUAAUAGUGAAUAAAUUCAGGUAUAUUCUUAGUGCAGCACUCUUAACUUUAGUAGAAAAUGCCAUUAAAACUGUGUGUGUAAGGUGAAAACUAAAGCUUUUGGUUCAUCUGUAAAGAUUUUUAAUUUAGGAAAUCGAGAAAUUAAUAUUUGCUUUUAUCAUGGUGUUCAGUGACCUGCACAACUCUUUCAUGCAGAUUCCUCUCCCCUUUCUGAUGUUUUGAACAAACACAGCAAGUCUAGAUGGAGAUUUUGAUUAUGUUUCCAGCUUUACUGCUUCUCAAGCCAGUUGUGCUCAAGAGAAAAACUACCAGAACUCUAGAAGUGACCAGAGGGAUCUGUUACUGUUUUGAAGUUUAUGCACAAUUUUCAGACAUGCACACACAGACCACUAAGCCCUUCACUGACAGCACAGGUGCUGGAAUUGUGAAAAUCCUUGAGGGUUUCUGCUUGAUAAAGUAUUAAGCUGCUCUUAACACAAAAAUUGUUCAGCCUGAACCUACAAAGUCUGAUUUCUUUGGUUCUUUGAAAUAGCAAAAAAGUCUGUUUUACAUAAUUUUGCACACAGUUUAAAAUAGUUCUUUUUAAUUAAAGUGUUUUACAACCUCUAAUUUUGCAUUUGACAUUUUAAUAAAAAAAUCUUUUGUCUUGUAUAUAUUUGUCUAAUCUCUGCAAAAGAAGCCACUGUAAACUUUAUAUGCAGGCAUAUUUUACAGAGUGCAGAAAUAAUUAGGAAUGUAAAAUGGAUUAUCUAAGGAAAAAAAUGCUGUAACUUUGUAAAAAUAUGUGUGGGAUGUUAAAUGCUUUGUCUCUGAUUCUUAUCUUGUAGGCUUUUCCUAUGCACUCAAGUAUUUAAAUUUUAAAAGGCUUACAGGAGUAGGCAUUUUCAAACUUGGAUCACACUGUGUACUCAGAAAAUGAGAAAUGCAGUUCACCUCUCUCCCGUGGUCCUACUUUCAUAUUUCCACUUCAUGCUCUCUCCACCUUUCUUGGUGUUUGACUGUCUUCUAUGCAAGAAAAGUAAUGUGACCUGUAGGUAAGACCCAGUGCCUCGUCUGCUCCAAGAGAGGGUCAGUCAGAGCUUGCUCUCUCUGGACUACAGCCAGUAACCCAGCACCACAACUGUCACUCUUAGCAGAGAAAUCAGAAAUCAGAUGCUAUUCAUGCUCCUAAAUAACUGCUGUCUUUUAGCAGCCCUGGGUCUCCCUGCCUGCCCUGGGACUGGGCUUCAGGCACAGGAGUACAUCGCUGCACCUUUCCAUGGCAAUUAAAAUCCUCAUUUGUGCUGAGGAAAGGGGGAAGGAAACCCUGAAGCAGAGAUGCAUGAGGCUAAAAGUGGCAAAUUGGAUAGGUUCUUUGGCACGUUCAAAAUAAAUACUGCAGAACUGAGGAAUGCAGGCACUUUAGGUAGGUGGUGCUGUAGGAGUUUUUAGUUACCAUGAACCCAAAUCCACAACAGUGCCUUGGUAUCCCUGAAAGUAAGUAAAAGUGAAAAAAGAACAAAAGAGGGUGGUGGGGUGACAAAGUAGAAAAAGUCUUCCAGACAAGGGCAAGUGAUAAUCUCAUUUCUAGUAUCUAAUUAAAAAACCUCAAUCUUCCCCCCUUUAAUUCUUAGUUUUUGCCCUUCUCUUUCCUUGGUCCAACCAUCCCCUUCUCACUCCAGCCAUAGUAAUCUAGAUUUACAUUUUAUCCUGGAAGAAUUCAUACUGUUACAGUCUAAAGUAUUUGACAGGGCCUUUUUUAAAAAUCACUGUUCUAUAAACAUGACUACAUUGAACAUGAUUAAUUGAUGCAAGAUAUUUUAAAAUGCUAUUUCCAACUUUUCCUUCUGAGAAAAUGGUUCUGCCUUUAAUUAUGCAGCACAACUACAAAUUAGUAGUUAUGCAAAAGGAAAAUUAGCCUAUGUAAGCCACUAGGGAAGUGAUGGGGGAAUAUAAUUUUUGCCUAUUAUCUGUGCAGGAAUAUCUCAAGUGUGCAAAUAGAGACAGACAAUGAGAGGAUGGGAAGCAGUAGGCCAGAAAAUGUUUGGAAAUAUAAAUCACAAACUGAAUGCAAAAAUAGUUAAAUGCUUUUGCAAAAACUUAAUUUCAUGUUGGGUUGCACAAUGGGCUUCUGGUUUGGGAUGCUUUUGUAUUUUUCCAAGUAUUCUCUACACUGUAACUGUAAAACUUCAGCAAAAACUUAUAACCAACAAUUUGCUCAAAAAAUGCAAAGUGAAGAGAAGCAACAUGAAAACAGCUUCCCCCAGGCCUGCUGAAGGUAUUAGCAUUGCUUAGUUUGGUGAAAGGAGGCUGGAGAAAAGUAUGAGAACAGUAUAUUAAAAAUGUGGCUAUGAAGAAAGAAGAAAUAAAUUCUUCCCAUUGUGCAUGGGACCAGAAGAAGGCAGGGAUUAAGGGUUCAGAACAAACCUUUUCCUACCAUCAGUAGUUAAAGACUGAUCUGAACUGCCUGGGCAGGCUGCACAGUCUCCACCCUGGUAAUCUUUUGGGACUGGUUGGCCAAGCACUUAUCAGAAAUGGCACUGGUGUAACUGGUCCCACUGUCAGGCACAGAUGUGGACAAGAUGUCCUCUUCGGAUGUUCAUCUUUGUGAUCAUACUGGUUUUUUUUCUUAGGACCCUGAUCUCAGAUAUUAUAAAGUUAGCUGUACAUCUUAGCCCCCAGCUCAGAUCAUAUGUAUUUUGCUAUUUUUCACAAGCUCUUUUAUGUUUUAGAAUUUUUGUAUUCUGUGUUUUCAGAAAUGAAUCUUUCUAUUCCUUUUCAAUACGUCUCUGUUUAAAUUCAUUACAACAUUAAAUAUAAUUUAACCUAAAUCUGAAUAGAAUGUUAUUUCCCUGUUAUAAUGUGUAUAUGGUUUAGAAAACAAAUUAGAAAUGUUUCCCAGAGAAGGGAGAAAUGUGUAUGGUCUGUUUUCUUUUACAAAAUUAGUUGGUGAAUCUCACAGCUCUGCUAUCCUUUAAUAUCUCCAUUAUCUCAGUUAGGCAGGUUCUCAGCUAGAGGCAAUUUUAUUUAUUUAAGCAGGAAAGCCUGAGACUCCAUCAGUAAAGAUGAAAGUCCAAUUCCACAAUGUAACUUUCUUGAGGUUAAGAGUAUUGAUUGAACUUGAGAUGAGAAUCUAUCACUCGUGUUUGAAUGUGUAAAGAAUUUCUAAUAUGAAGGUAA